AUGAAAAUUGAGGGCACCAUCCAUGUUGGACUGACUUGGAAGAUGCAGCCCAACAUCGCAAGGCAGUUUUUUGAAAACAAGAUUGAAAGUCUGACAAAAGCCAAUGUCGGUGGAGUUGUGGUCAGAAAAUACCCUUCAUUCACUGUUGAUCCACCUCUGGACCUGAAUCUGAGGUUCCUGCUGCUUCUUGCCGGACAGGGGCUGCACCGACCCUUCUUGCAGGUCCACUGUGUGGAGAUGGAGACAGCCCUGGAAGACCUCCAGGCAGGAGCUAGCUGUUUCCUCUGUAACGACUACUUGAAGAACCCAGUGACCAUUAACUGUGGCCACAACUUCUGUUUCUCUUGCAUCAACAAGUUCUGGGAGGACCUAAAGGAUAUUUUUCCCUGCCCUAUUUGUCGAAUGUGCUUUCCAGGAAAGAAAUUCAGGAGGAACACCCAACUGGGUAAUUUGACUGAAGCUGCUAAGCUGCUCCAGAAAAGAAGAAGCAAGAGGAGGAAGCAGAAAGAAAAGGUUGUUUGUAAAAAGCAUAAUCUAGUGUUGGCCUUUUUCUGUCAGCAAGACCUGGAGGUUUUAUGCUCACAGUGCAGCUUCUCCCCCGACCACAAGAAACAUCACAUCUGGCCUGUCGAGAGGGCUGCUCCCUAUUAUAAGAAAAGAUUGGAGCAGUGCAUUGAGUCAUGGAAGAAAAAAGUGAGACGACUAGAAAAAGUCAGGAUUAUACAAACCAGAAGAGCCUUGGAGUUGAAAAAACAGGUAGAACAUGCAAGAGACGAAAUAGAGUCUGAAUGUGAGCGGCUUAAAUUCUGUCUUCAAAAUGAGCGAGAAACUCUUCUUCAGCAGUUAGAAGAGGAGGAAAUGGCUUUUGAGACCAAACUGCGUGAAACCCGAACACAGUGUUCCGAGUAUACCUCGACAUUAAAACGUCUGUUACAGGGCAUAAAGAGCAAAUCAGCCCUGGCAUUACUGACAGACAUUAACUGGAUCUAUCAUGCCUAUCAAAACUUAAAGUCCCCUGAGCCUUUUUCACUCCAGUUAAAGGAAUACAGUUACCAUUUGCCACCCCAGUAUUCUGGUCUAAACAGAAUCAUCGAGCGAUUUGAGGUAGAUGUGUUUCUAGAUCCAGAAACAGCACAUCAUGAUCUGACUGUCUCAGAAGAUAGGAAAACGGUUCGAUAUGGAAGAACACGGCAAAAGUCAACUCAUAGCCCAUGGAGAUUCUACCUCUUCCCAGCUGUUCUGGGUUCCAAGGGUUAUAAUGCUGGCAGGCACUACUGGCAGGUGGAAGUGAAGGACAAAGUUGGAUGGAUCGUGGGUGUCUGUAAAGAGACUUUUCUCGGGAGGAAUCAAGCACCGAAUCAAGCUUUUUCAGUACAAGAUGGAUUAUGGGGUGUUGGACGAUGGGAUGUGGAUGAUUAUGUUGCGUUGGGGACUCAAAAAAUCGAUCUCUUCCCAGUCGUAAUGCCUACAAAGAUUGGUAUUUUUUUAGACUGUGAUUUGGGUGAAGUUUCCUUUUACAAUUUGAGUGACAAAUCUCAUCUGUAUACCUUUAAAGUUUGUUUUCUGGAUGCAGUUUGGCCUUAUUUCUAUACUGGAACUGACCCCCAACCUCUGAGGAUAUGUCCAGCAAGAGAUUCUGAAUAA